AAGUGCGCGUAUACAUAGAUAAAUGCUUCAAUCCUACACUUACAGGUCUCAAACUAUUUCUCCCAUGUCCUAGAAUUCCCUCAGAAAGCCAUGGCACCACAGCGUUUAUUGCUCCUUUUCAUCUUCCUCUUUUAUUUCUCUUCUUUCCCAUCUACUGCCCGUUUUAUCACCGGUCCUUCAUCCCCCACCGAUCUCGUUUCCGAUGGAAUCUCCACCGUCAAAAACCCACCUUUCCUCUCACUCAAGCCCCUGUUUUCAGCGGAGGAAUCGUGUGAACAAACCUAUGGGUUCUUACCCUGUACCACCACAGUUCUCGGCAACUUGUUUUUGAUCAUUGUUUAUGGAUACCUUAUGUUUUUAGCUGCUACUUACUUGUCUAAUGGAAGUGAGCUUUUGCUUGAGAUCCUCGGUCCUGGUAUUGUCGGAGGAUUGUUCUUGCCUAUUCUUGGAGCACUUCCCGAUGCAAUGCUUAUUCUUGUAUCUGGACUUUCUGGAACAGCAGAAACAGCUCAAGAUCAGGUCUCCGUAGGAAUGGGGUUGCUAGCAGGGUCAACUGUCAUGCUUCUCACUGUGAUAUGGGGUUCCUGUGUUGUUGUUGGCCGGUGUGAUAUUCGCGACUCAGUUGCGGUUGAUGGAACUAUUACUAAAGGAUUUCACCUAACAGAGACUGGUGUGAGUACCGAUAUUUGGACUUGCUAUGCUGCAAGUAUAAUGGCUAUAUCAGUUAUCCCCUUUGUUAUUGUUCAACUACCCCAACUUCUCAAUUCAACUUCAGGAAGACACCUAGCAGUUUUGAUUGCACUGAUCAUAUCAGUAUCAAUGUUGGUUUCUUAUUGUGUUUAUCAGGUAUUUCAGCCAUGGAUCCAGAGAAGACGACUAGCUUUUGCGAAGCACAAACAUGUUAUAUCGGGGAUCUUAAGACACUUGAAAAAGCAAGCUUUUGGAAAGCUUCUUACCGAGGAUGGUGAACCUAAUACAGAGAUCAUAAGAAAGUUGUUCGAGACAAUCGAUGAGAACCGUGAUGGUCAUCUUUCACCUUCCGAGUUGAAAGCAUUGAUUAUAGGGAUCAGAUUUGAAGAGAUAGACUUCGACAAGGAUGACGCUGUGAUGAAAGUAAUGGCAGAUUUUGAUACCUCCCUCGACUCUUAUAUUCAAGAAGAAGAGUUUGUAAAAGGAAUCACAAAGUGGAUUAAUGAAGCAAAGCAAACUGGGGGUGCUUAUCUCGAACCUAACGCCGGAACGUUUAAGUUUAUUGACCAAUUUCACCAGCAAACCAAGAGAGAACAUGCUUUGUUGGGGUCAGAGGAACAAAGUGAUGAGGUUGUUGAACAUGUUGAAAACCCAAGGUGGAUCUCCUUCAAAGCAGUACUGAUGCUCCUAGUAGGCACCUUGAUUGCAGCUGCAUUUGCUGAUCCACUCGUAGAUGCUGUCGAUAACUUUUCAACCGCAACAAGUAUUCCAUCGUUCUUCAUCUCAUUUAUUGCAUUGCCAUUGGCUACGAACUCUAGUGAAGCCGUAUCAGCCAUUAUCUUCGCUACCCGCAAAAAGCAGAGAACUGCAUCAUUAACAUUUUCCGAGCUUUACGGAGCAGUAACCAUGAAUAACGUUCUCUGCCUGUCGGUUUUCUUGGCACUCGUUUACGUCCGGGGAUUGACAUGGGACUUCUCAUCCGAAGUGCUGGUGAUUCUCAUUGUUUGCAUCGUGAUGGGCGCGUUCGCUAGUUUCCGAACUACUUUCCCUCUUUGGACAUGUUCAAUCGCUUACAUCCUUUAUCCUUUCUCCUUGGCGCUCGUUUAUGUUCUCGAUUAUGUCUUCGGCUGGUCGUAGGAUCAAUGAAUAGAGAUGGUAGUUUAGGAGGGUAAAGCCAUUUGUUUGUGAGCCUUCAUGGUUUUUCCCAAUGUAUGAACUUGUCAAACUCUUUUUCCCUUUGACAUUGGUUUUCAGAGAAGACUAUUCCGGAUUUGUUGUUAUGGUGUUUGUAAUUUGGAGCAGUAUAUACCUCAGUUUAUAUUAGCUCCAUUUAUGUCAGUUUUCUGUUUUCUUUUUUGAGCGACAAUAAUAAAAAAAUAUUUAUUUUUGUGAUA